CGCCGCCGACUACUGGAUCGCACAGCUGGCGGGCGCCGCCGUCGGCACGCUGCUUGUGCUCGGGCUGCUGGUCUUCUGCGCCAAGAAGGCGCGCGACAACUACAUCCGCAAGCGCUCCAAGCUGCUCAACGAGGUCACCUCCACCUCGGCGACCGUCCUCUCCGACCUCUCGGACCGCAAGGCGGGCGCCCCUGUCGUCAUCGUCGACGGAAAGUCGAUGGGCCUCGCAAAGGCGACCGACUCGUCCGACCCGCGCCACUGCGACGAGUGAGCGGCCUGGCCGCUGCAGGCCGUUUGGGUUUUGUGCGGACCGCGGGCGGGUGGGUGCUCGCACCCCGCGCCGCCACGUAUGGGGCUUGGUGGGUGGCUUGGUGGGUGGUGGGGUAGGGGAGGGGAGCGCGGCGCAGAGUUGUCUGCGUAGCCAGGAGAGGGUCUGUAAGGGAGCAGGACCGCCCAGUGUGUGGGGGCUGGGGCGCCGGGACACAGGACGUGCCGGCGUGGGUCAGGGUGGGCGGGGCGGCCGGGGAGAUAUUCCGGACGGGCUCAAUAGAUGACAAUAUACACAGUGUAACACGGCCUCUCAUCUUGCAUGGCAAUACUGUCUGCAAUGCUUGCAUAGUUUCUUUUUUGAGCGCCCUCACAU